GCAAAUCUCAAUCUCUCUAUCUCUCUGAGUGUGAAUUAUGGGAAUGACUAUUAUUGGCACGAUACUAAGCCCCAUACUAGGAUGUUUUACAAUACAUGUGAUCGAUCCCAUCCGAGCUAAGUUUCAGGUCUUACGGAACCUUAGCCCGAACAUCGAAGAACUGGAGAACGCAAGGAUGAAGCUAGAUGCCAGGAGAAGGGACGAAGGAAGAAAAGUAGAAGAAACAAUGAACCAGGAAGGGGUAAUAAAAUCAGCAGAGGCAGAUCUCUGGUUCAGUCAAGUUGAUGUUGCUCUAUCCAACGCCAACAACCUACGAAACGAGUACCAGCAGAGUCAGAUCUCUGGUACUUCAUGUCCUAACUGCUUCUGCCGGUCACGCUAUCAGCUGAGCAAAAGAGCUUUGAAUCUCAAGCAAGAUGUACUUGACAAGUUGUUUGGGGAAGAACCAAGAUCUGGUUGGACGGUGGCUCCACCACGGCAGAUAGGGAGGAAUAUGAACACCGUUUCUAUCGAGGGACAAACAACAACAGAGAAAUUGAAAGGUGAGAUCAUCGAUUCGGUGCUCGACGAUAGGUAUGUUGCUGUUGGUUUGUUUGGUAUGGGAGGUAUAGGCAAGACAACACUUCUACGACACGCCAAUGAGCACUUUAGGAUGACCCAACGCUUCGAAUCCGUGAUUUUCACCACUGUGUCGUCCACACCCAAUUUCGUAGAAAUACGAAAGCAAAUUGCUGAAGGCUUCGGCUUGAGAAAUCGCGAAGAUGACGAUCUGAAAGAACAACUGUCUCGCCUUUUCGGAACAAGAAAGUAUCUAUUGAUAUUAGACGACAUGUGGGAGCCUGUUAUUAAUCUUGGUGAAAUCUGCAAUAUUCCUGAACCUAAGAAGGAGAACGGCUGCAAAAUAUUAUUGGCAUCUCGAUCAAAAGAAGUGGUUACAAGGUUUGUGAUCCGCUUUGGAGCAAAAGAUUCUCUUCGAUCCAUUCAAGUGAACAAACUCCAGCCUGGGGAAGCAUGGAAUCUUUUUGUUCAAAAAGUUGGUAAGGAUAUUACAUCCGAAACAGCAAUAGAACCUCUUGCCAAGGAAGUUCUUAGAAAGUGUGGUGGAUUGCCUCUGGCCAUCGUUGUUAUUGGUGGCACAAUGUCAACACGAAAAACAGAAGGAGAAUGGAAAGAUGCUCUACGUGAAUUGGAGCAGUCAGCUUCAAAUCUCGAAGGUAUGAAAGAAGAAGUAUUUGCAAUACUGAUGUUUAGUUUUGAAAAAUUGAAACCAAUUGAACAAUCCCUCUUCUUGUUCUGCUGUCUAUUUCGUGAGGACUACGAUAUAAACAAAUAUGACUUAUUUGAGUUUGCUGGGAUGCAUCGGCUACAAGAUAUUAGAAAUAAAGUAGAUGUUUUGGUUGCAAAGCUUCAAAAUUCAUCCAUGCUUGAGGACAGUGACUACUUUGAUGCAUUUAAAAUGCACGAUAUGAUGCGUGAAUUGGCUGUGUGGAUCACAUCUACAUCGAACAAUAAGUACCUCUCCAAGUUCAUUACAAAGGCCGGUAUAACUGAGGCACCUGCUGAUGCCUCAGAAUGGUGCAAGGCCACUAAGAUUUCAUUCAUGAUGAAUUAUUCUAUAGCAUCUUUACCUCAAUUGCCAGAUCAAUGUCCACAACUGCACACAUUGCUCCUUCAACGAACUCGUAUUGAGGUCAUCCCCCAAGUGCACUUCUUCGACCACAUGCCUGCACUUCAGAUACUAAAUUUGAGCUAUUGUGAUGAGGUAAAGAAUUUGCCGGCUUCAAUAUCCCAUCUAGUCAACCUUCGUUCGUUAAACUUAAGUUGGUGUUUUAAGCUACAGGAUUUUCCCCAUGGAAUUGGAAAGUUGGUUCAACUCAUAUCAUUAAACUUGUGGGCUUGCACAAGCUUAAGAAAACUACCAAUAGAGAUGAAAAAGUUGAACAAUUUAAGGCAACUAGACAUCGGCGAAACCAUAAUUCUUAAGAGGAUACCACGUGGGGUAUUAUCUGGAUUGCGUAAGCUAGAGGAGCUAAACACUAUCGGAAGCAGGUUAAAAUGGUUCGCCAGUGGUGUAGAGGAACUAUCUCAAUUGGUUAGCUUAUCUGAUAUUAGCGGCGAGAUAAGGAAAGCCAAUGUUUUCCAUUGGUUUAAGCCAUUCCUUAAAUCUAAACGCAUGCGUAGUCUAGAUUUGCGGAAUUGUACUAUUGAUCCUUCAAUUUUUCCGUAUCUUGUAGACCUUGAUGGAGAUGUGACAUUCAAGUCAUGUGAGGGUUUGACACACUUUCCAACUCAUGGCUGUAAAAUUCUAACUUUACAAGCUUGUCCAGAUCUCGAGAUAUUAUUGAACGUACAGGAAGCCGAAGGGAAUGUUUUUGAAAGCUUACGUGGGUUGAGACUUGAUCAACUGGAUCAGUUGCAGGCAAUAUGUACUGGGGUUCCACAACCUGGAUGCUUUUCUAAUAUGACAACUGUGCAAAUACAGGAAUGCCCCAAUCUAAAGGUGAUUUUCACUAAUGGUGUAACACGGUUGCUUAAGAACUUGCGUCUUUUAGAAGUAUUUCAAUGCCCUCAAUUGGUGAUGAUAGUAGCAGAUGAGGAUUUGGAAAUCAAUGCAUUUCCAAGUUUGAAGGAAAUGCGACUAUGUGAGCUACCAGAAUUGACAGACAUAUGCCAUCUUGAUUUGAAUUGGCCAUCUCUCUCUGAAACGCAUGUUUAUCUUUGUUCUAAGUUGAGGAGACCACCGUUUGGAGCCAAACAUGCAGAUAUAUUAUUAAAUGAUGAAAUGGACAGCCAGAUGACAAAGGACUAUCUAUGGGUGAAAAAAUGGGAAGAAGAGGAAGAAGAGGAAGAAGAGGAAGAAGAAGAAGAUGAUGAUGAUCAUGAAGAUGAAGAAAAGGAAAAAGAAGAAGAAGAAGUAUUUUAAUCAUCUUUAGUGCUAAGACUUGGUAAAUCUGACUCUCCAUAUCACCCAACGAUAUAGAUUUUUUUUUUUUAAUUUAUUUAUUUCUAAUGUAUAGUAUUCAUUCUAUCCCUUUUAUUCUACUUAUAAUAUACUGUUCUUUCUUUGUAAUUUGUGACCUGACUAUUUUACCCUUUGAUAGUGACAAUUGUUUUUGAGGAGGAGAAAUGUUAGGUAAUUUAGUAUGAACAUUUACAUUUGUCUAAAGCUUAGAUUCUAAAUUAACUGUGUACCUCACCAAUCAAUGACAACAAUUCGUCAAAUUGAGGUGGGAAGAAUAAGAAAAGACUGUUGGCCAUAGUAGGAUUCAGAAUUGUCCUAGGAGUUCAGUGGGCAGCUCUCCUCCAAGUUCGCCAUGAUUGAUGUUACGACCCCUGUGGUUAAAUCCUUCUGAUUCAGUCCGAUAUUAAGAUCGAUUCAAAGUAGUGGAUGCACUCUUUCCUGAGCUUUAUACUGAAUGA